AUGGCGUUGAGGGAGCAUUGCCUCGCGCUGUGCGCUAUUGUAUUGACUAUCUUGUGCGGUUUUGGAGCAAAUUCACAAGUUCUGAACCCACCGUAUUUUAACUUAGCUGAAGGGAAAAAGGUUUAUUCGACUGCAACUUGUGGAGAAGGGAUAUCGGACAGAGAAUGGUUUUGUAAACUGACUGGAGCUAAUUACGCUGGAACUGGAAUCGAACCGUGGAAGGAUCCUCGCAAUCUCCGACCCGGGGGUCAGAUUGUCAAGGGCCAGCUCUGUGAUUUCUGCGAUCCGAGGGAUCCUGGGCAGCGCCAUCCCCCGGGCUAUUCUGUGGACGGUACGGAGAGAUGGUGGCAAAGUCCUCCCUUAUCCAGGGGUGUCGAAUACAAUGAAGUCAACUUGACCAUCGAUUUGGGACAGGAAUUUCAUGUGGCUUACGUCUUCAUCAAAAUGGCCAACUCCCCUCGCCCCGGCGUCUGGGCGUUGGAGCGAUCCACUGAUUAUGGUGUGACCUGGGAUGCGUGGCAAUACUUUGCAGACACACCCAGUGAUUGUCUCACAUUCUUCAACACGACUUUGGAUGUGAUCAAGGCUGAUGACUCGGUCCUCUGUACGACUGGAUUCUCCAAGGUUGUCCCACUUGAAGGAGGAGAGAUCGUUGUGUCUCUGGUGAACGACCGUCCAAAUGCUAACAACUUCUCCUAUGCGACUACGCUUCAAGGUUGGACUAUCGCCACCAAUGUUCGCUUGAGGUUACUACGGACCAAGACAUUGCUCGGCCAUCUCAUGGCAGUGGCAAGACAGGACCCUACUGUGACAAGAAGGUACUUUUACAGUAUCAAGGACAUCUCUAUCGGUGGUCGAUGUGUCUGUAACGGUCAUGCAGAGUUCUGUGACAAGCGAGAUCCUCGUAAUCCCGAGAAGCUUCUCUGCCGCUGUCAACACAACACGUGUGGGGCCCAGUGUGAUCAAUGUUGUCCGAGAUUUGUGCAGAAGAAAUGGAAGAAAGCAACUGAAGACAGUGUGAAUGAAUGUGAACCUUGCAACUGCCAUGAGCAUUCAAAUGAGUGUUUCUAUGAUGAAAUAACAGAUCUAGAAGGCAAGAGUUUGGACAUUUCUGGCGAAUACGAGGGGGGUGGUAUCUGCCAGAAUUGCAGGCACAACACCCAAGGCAUCAACUGUCAUGAAUGCAAACCCGGUUACUACAGGCCAGAUGGAGUACCAAUGAACUCAACUGAUGCUUGCAGGGAAUGUCGAUGUAACAAUGUCUACUCUACUGGAGAGUGCGAACCCGGUACUGGCAAGUGCAGAUGCCGUGAGCAGUUUGCUGGUGACAACUGCGACAGUUGUGCACGUGGUUACUAUGGUUACCCCUCGUGCGUACCUUGCACGUGUAAUGUGAAUGGUACAGAGAACUCCAUCUGUGAAGUUGGUGGUGGACAAUGCCCAUGUAAGCCAAACUACAUCGGGGCAAACUGUGACCAGUGCAAUUUUGCCUUCUACGGAUUCCCAGAUUGUAUGCCCUGUGAGUGUAAUACAUAUGGCUCUGUUGGACGUAACUGUGACCCACAAAAUGGACAGUGUCCCUGCAGGAACAACUUUGGGAACAGGACGUGUGACGAGUGUACCGAUGGAUACUUUGGUUUCCCUACUUGUGAAUUCUGCACGUGCGACCCGACUGGCUGUGAAGAGGGAAUCUGCAGCAAGGAGGAUGGGCGAUGUCUCUGCAAAGAAAACUUUGCUGCUCCACAUUGUGACAAGUGUGCAUUUGGAUACUACAACUACCCAACGUGUUCAAAGUGCGAAUGCUUUGAGGAUGGCUCUCGUGAUGCAUCUUGUAGCAGCUCUGGCCAGUGCCAAUGUAAGGUCAACUUUGCUGGACCCAAGUGUGACAGGUGUGCACCUGGUUACUACAAAUACCCAGAGUGUAAACCUUGUUCAUGUGACAUCUACGGAUCUGUGGCCGUAUCCUGUGAUCAGGUGACUGGCCAGUGUAAUUGUCGGAGCAACUUUCAAGGUCUCAUGUGCAACCAGUGUACGGAAGGCUUCUACAACUACCCUGUCUGUGAAGAAUGCAACUGUAACCCAGCAGGAGCAAAGGAGAUUGCUGGCCUGCCAUUAGGUGGAUGCGGCACCCAUCAGAACGGUCAACUCUGCGAAUGCAAGGAUAGGGUCCGUGGUCAUACCUGUGAUGCCUGCAAGCCGGGCUUCUGGAACCUUAACAUCAAUAACCAAAAGGCUUGUGACAGCUGCGAUUGUGAUGUGGCUGGCACCAUUGGCGGUAGUGAGGUGUGUGACUUCAAAACUGGACAGUGUCUUUGUAAGCUGUACACCGAAGGAAAGAAGUGUAACCAGUGCAAGGAUGGCUCGUAUCAGCUGACUGCCAGUAACAUCUUCGGCUGUCAUGAUUGUAGCUGUGACAUUGGAGGUGCAUGGGACAACAACUGUGACAAGGUAACCGGUCAGUGCCGUUGUCGACCGAGGGUUACCGGAAAGACUUGUGAUAGCCCUGAUAGAACCCACUUCUAUCCCAACCUUCACCAGAAGAAUUAUGAACUGGAAGAUGGCCGCACACCAAGUGGUGGUGCUGUUCGAUUCGGUUUUGAUGAAAAUAUCUUGCCCAAAUACUCAUGGAGGGGAUACGCAAUCUUCUCACGGGUUCAGCCAACAAUAGUUGUUGAUGUUGUGAUCGACACCUCUGAUGUCUAUCACAUCCUGUACCGCUACACCAACCGUAACCUAUCCAGCAAGCCGGGCACCGUCGUUGUCACGCCAGAAUCCAGUGGCGAUGACAAACAGAAGAGUAGAAUCAACUUCCAGUCGACCACAACUCCUAUGAUGGCGACCGUCACCAUGGGGGCCGUCCCGACUGGCUUUGUCAUGAAUCCUGGGAAGUGGAGCGUUGCUCUGACGACUCAAGAGGAUAUCUUUGUGGAUUAUGUGGUUCUGCUGCCUGAGUCCUACUUCCAGGCAUCAGUCUUGAAGGAGCGUGUGAAGGAUGCUUGCCCUGUUCCACUCCAGGAUCCUCCAUGCAUCCACUACGUGUACGUGGAUGUCAAAACAUACAAAGUGUUCCGCGGUGAGAAUGGUUACUUUGCCAAGGACAAUCAGCGUCACAGAACCCAGGUCUAUGAUGACACUGCUGUGUUGGAAGAUCUGGAGACGCCGUCGAUGGCCAUUCUAGAUAUCAGUCAGCCUGGCAUGUAUUUGGACCUGAUUGGCCUUGACCCGGACCAGUAUAUUCUGAUUGUGAACUAUCUCACUCCCAAGGAAACGAUCAAGGAGCAGGUGCUGGAUGUUAAUCUCGCGUCUACUGUCAACAGGGAUAAGGGCAAGGUGCUUCUGCCACCCUGCAAAUUCAGUUCUCUUUGCCGGGCUGUGGUUACCAAUGUCACCAAUGGCCGUGUUGGUUUCUAUGACAUCUCAACAGACUACGUCACUCUGAGCUUUGAUGGUGAAGACGACGUGGAUGUCGCUAUUGAUUCAGUCGUUGCUGUGCCAAGAAGUGUCUUCAAUGUGAACUUCCUGCAGCCAACAUUCAAGUGUGUCAUGGUCAACAAGAAAUGUGUUGGAAGCUCUUGGUUGUCUGGGGCGAGUGUGAAGAUUGAACUGGAAGGUGGGGACAAUGUUGAUAGCGUGUCUGGUCCAGAUGAUCUGCCGCCUGGUAUCGUUGAUGUUGGGGUCAAGGUCAUUAAACUGGACAAAGAUAAGCCUACUGUGACGAUUGAUGGGUCAGUGUCGCGUCCAGGGCAGUACACUUAUAUCCUCCAUUACUAUCAGCCGUACCAGCCCACAAUGACGGUCAAGGUCAACGUCGAUGUAGGAGGGAAGAUAUAUCCUGGUAUAUUCAAGGCUGAUUACUGCCCAAGCGUCACUGGAUGCCGUGGUACUAUCACAUUUGAGGGCACCGAUAUCCCAGACUCACUUGACCUUCAGGAGAAGGAUUUCAAGGUCAUUUUGAACAACACAGAGGGCAAUACUGUCUGGCUGGAUUACUUCCUCAUCAUCCCGUCAUCAACAGACAAGGCUGAUUAUCUUGACUGGCAGCCGAUUGAUAACUCUGGAUACUUCUUGACGGAAUGUGCCGGAGAUGGAUGGGACGUCAAGGAUAGUUCAUCUAAAUUCUGCAAGACGUCCGUGUUUUCCAUUACCACUGAUUACAACAACGGUGCAGAGCAAUGCAACUGUGACACCGAUGGCUCCAGGAGAUUUGAGUGUGAAGAGUUUGGUGGGCAGUGUCAGUGUAAACCUAACAUUAUCGGUAGGAAGUGUACCCUGUGCAAGACAGGCUAUUAUGGAUUCCCUAAUUGUCAACGUUGUAAUUGCCCAAGUGGUCUCUGCCAUCACAAAACAGGGAAGUGUAUCUGUCCCCCACGUGUGACAGGUCCAAACUGUAAUAUCUGUCUGGCUAACACGUUCGGUUACGAUCCAUUGAUUGGAUGUGAGGAAUGUAACUGUCAUCCAGAGGGAAUCAAGAAUAACAACAUGUCAUGCGACGUCAACACUGGCCAGUGUGGUUGUAAAGCCAACAUCAAUGCAAGGACCUGCUCCGUUUGCAAAGCUGGUUUCUACCAGUUUCCCAACUGUGCCAAGUGCAAUUGUGAUGCCCGUGGCACGACUGAUGACGUCUGCGACCAGAGGACUGCUGAGUGUAUCUGUAAGGAGAACGUUGAAGGCAGGCUUUGUGACCGCUGCAAGGCUGGCACAUACUAUCUUGAAGAGAGGAAUCCUAUGGGGUGCACCAAGUGUUUCUGCUUUGGUACAACUGACAGGUGUCGCAGUUCAAACUAUCGGAGGGCCGAGAUCACCACUAUGAGUGGUUGGAAUGUGACCAACAUCGACGAGCCAGCAAUAUAUCAAGCGAACCGGAAACUGACCCUUGACGCCACGAAGGGGGCCAAGGAUGCCACCAUGCCCAUGUACUGGGUGGCACCGAAGGAGUACCUUGGGAACCGGGUGACAUCUUACGGUGGCAAGCUGACCUACUCUAUCUUGUUUUACAUACCAAACGAUGGCACUAGUCGUGGCAAGAUCAGCUCGGAUCUUAUUCUCAUGGGUAACAACAUGACAAUUUCCCACGUUGUGAGUGAACAGCCUGCAGUGGGCAAGGAACUGAAGGUUGAGAUCUUUUUCACGGAGAAUAAAUUCAAUCAUGAAAGUACUGGAGUCUAUGUGAGUCGUUCUCAGUUCAUGAGUGUGUUGUCAAGGUUGGAGUCCCUGCAGAUCAGAGUCAACUAUUAUACUGUCAUUGAGCGAGCAAGUUUGAAUGAUGUGCGUCUGGACUCGGCCACUCCUGAUGGCCCUGGACAAGAGGCCAGCAAUGUAGAACAGUGUUACUGCCCACCGAGCUACACAGGGACAUCAUGUGAGGAAUGUGUUGAAGGCUACUAUAAACACCGCAAUGGAACCGGCUUCGUCUGUAUGCCGUGCAACUGUAGCGGUAGUGCAUCUCGCUGUGAUCGUGAGACGGGAGAAUGUAUCGGCUGUCGUUACAACACCAAGGGCUUCCAUUGUGAGGAGUGUGAGACGGGAUACUAUAAGAACAAGGACACUGGGCGAUGCCAGAUUUGUGCCUGUCCCAAGGCCACCCCUGACAACAACUUUGCCACAACCUGUGAGGUCAUCGAUGGAGAUGUUGUCCUGAAGUGCGAAUGUCUUCCUGGAUAUUCUGGCCCAAGAUGUGAUGCCUGUGAAAGUGGAUUCUUCGGUAAUCCAAGUGUGGUAGGAGGUAGCUGCCAACCUUGUCAAUGCAGUGGAAACAUUGAUGUGAAUGACCACCAGAGUUGUGACCCGCUGACUGGUCAAUGCCUGAAGUGUCUUUAUAACACAACUGGACCGAACUGUGACAAGUGUGGAGAAUGGCUACAUGGGGAUGCCUUGGUGGAUAAGGAAUGUCAAACUUGUACUUGUAACAGAUGUGGAACAGAGUUCUGUGAUGACAGAAACGGUGUCUGCAACUGCUUACCGAACGUCGUUGGAGCAGACUGCCAUAAAUGCGCUCCUUAUACCUAUGGUUUCGAUGAAUGUAACGGCUGUAAGCCUUGCGAGUGUGGAGCAGGUUCAGUUAGUCCGCAAUGUAACGGGACUACAGGCCUAUGCGGCUGCAAGCCGGGAGUCCGGGGAAAGAAGUGUAAUGAGUGCAAAGAAAACUACUGGGAUUACGGACCUGAUGGAUGCAAAGAGUGUAUGUGUCUGGGUAUUGGAGCAACAACUUGUGACAGGGUUACCGGAGAGUGCCGAUGUAGAGAAGGUCACACUGGACGUGACUGUAACAUGUGUAUCAAGGGCUGGAUAAUGGUCCCAGGACAGGGAUGUCAAGAGUGUGACAAUUGUGUUUUCCUCCUGCUGCAUGACAUUGAUUACCUGAUCAACAACCUAACGGCCAGGUAUACCGACCUUGAAGAUGUCUCUGUUGGCGUGUUUGCCAUGCGAAGAUUGACCCAGAUUAACGAUACAGUCAACGAACUUAGGCCACGCGUUGACAACAUGGUUUAUGAUCCGAGCCAGAUUGAUACGACAAACUUGAAAAGACUCCUGAUAGAGGUGCAGAACAUCGCCAAGAAUACGGUCACUAAAGUUAAAUUCACAAAGACACGAUCUGUGAUUAUUACGACUGAUGCUGAGAAGGCGUUGAACGACAGCCUUGAUUUGAUGCGGAUCCUGAAUGAGACUCGGGCAAAUACCAAUGAUGCGGUAAACUACGUCGGUGAGAUCUUGAAAGCAAUGGAGGAUGGAAUCCGUGACACAAAUAUUGACCAGCUGUUGAUUGAAGCUGAGGCUAUUCUGAAGGAAAUCAAGGGACGUGAUUUUGCAGCGAAGGCAACGGGAUCUCAGGAUGAACUUACUAAGGCUGUUGAAUUAUUGGAACGCGUCAAGAACCUGAACAAAGAUGCCAUGGAGCAGAUGGAUAAAUAUGACGAUGUUUACAAGAAACUUGCUACAUUUGAUGACAAACUGAACGAUCUGAGGGAGAAGAGCCGCGAAUCCCUACAGACGUCGACGAUGGCGACACGAAGUAAUCAACGGAACCAAGCGUAUCUCAACAGAAUUGCUGCCACUGUAGAGCGCAUCAACGAAGCACAGGACAUGACUGAUGCCACACUGAAGAUGGGGCAGGAGUUGCUACGUCUUGCCAGGAUCUACUUGGACGAGGCAAAGAACAACUACAAGAAUGUUGUUAACGAGUCUAACAAUUUAGAUGAUGCAAUGGAACGAUUGAGGAAUUUCGCAUUGGACUUGGCCAAGUCGAACAAUGAGCUUCGUCCUCUGGUUGACAAUGCCACUGACCAUGCAUUCGAGCUGGAACAAGAGGCUGACUAUCUGAAGAGUCUAAUCCAAGACACCCAGAGGCAGGCUGAAAAUGCUCUGAAGGCAGCCCAGGCCUAUGAGAACAUUGUUGCUGCCAUCCGCGAUGCUAAAGAUGGUGCUAUGUCUGCUAUCAAUGCCACAAGUAUUGCCCUGGAUAUGUCAAGUGGUCUUAAUACGAGAGCCACAACAUCAAAAGGAAGAAGCCAAGAUCUGCUAGACAGAGCCAAGGCCUUGAAGGCUAAAGUAGAUGGAGAAUUGAAAGAUCAGUUUGACCGAGCAGUGCAGAAGGUAGAUCAGUUGGAAAACAAGAAUGAACAGGUCCGAACUGGUGUGAUGGACAUCGAAAGAGGUCUCAAUAUGUUACCAGCAGAUGGCUAUUCGAGACUUGCCAAUGAUGCGGCUAUGAGGGCCAUGGAUGCAAAGACCCGCUCCGACAAGGUGACCACACAGAUUGACAACAUCCGUGACAAAAUCAAGGAGGACCUCGAAAGGAGCAAGAAGAUCAAACUCGCUGUUGAUGAGGCCAACGACCAUAUGAAUGCUGCUGAGGCACAUAUAACCAAAGUGCGCAGUGUUGUCCCUGAUGCCACCAAAUUGCUCGAUCGCCUUCAGAUCUAUGCAAACAGAGUCAACACAUUCGGAUUUGACCUAUCCGCUAAUAUCUCCUCUCUGAAGGAGAAGAUAGCACUAACCCGAGGCCAAGCAAACAGGAUCCGUGUUGCUAUGAGAUUCUACAGUAACACCACGGUCCAGGCGAGGAACCCAAGCAACCUGAACCUAGCCGGAUCGUUCACAAAGUUGGAUAUGUUCUUUAAGACCACAAAACCCAAUGGUUUCCUCAUGUAUGUCGGGCCUGACCAGAGAGACCCAUCACCAUCAAAUGAUUACAUGGCCCUUGAGAUCCUGAACAGCAAUGUUUUAUUCAAAUAUGACCUCGGUUCUGGGCCCGCUCGGAUACGAAGCAGCAAGGCGGUUGAUGACGGCAAAUGGCACAAAGUCAGUGUGGAAAGAAUUGGCCGCAGUGGUAAGGUGACUGUAAGAACUGCAGAAGAGCCUGACGUGGUUGAUGAGGGGGUAUCACCUGGAACUAUGGCUGUCCUUGAACUCGAUCCGUACAAGAGCAAGUUCUUCAUAGGUGGUGUGCCAGCUGGUGUCCAGAUUCCAGCCGAGGUUGGUCAGCGGCGGUUCGAAGGCUGCAUGGAGGAUGUGCUGUUUGACAGCAUACCAGUCGGUCUUUGGAACCAUGUCAAGGGAGACAACAACAAAUAUGGAUGCAUUGAAAGGGACUCACUUCAGGCUGCUCCAACCAAUGGAUUCCGAUUUAACGGCAAUGGUUAUGUCGUCCUGAAGAAAGAUCGCUUCAGGCCUCAUCGGAAGAGUCAGGUCAACCUCAUGUUCAAGACAUACAGCGACAAUGGCCUCAUGUUCUUUGUCCAUCACAAAAAAGACUUUCUGUCGAUCGAGUUACGUGAUGGUAAAGUGUUGUUCCAGUUUGACCUUGGAGGUGGAAGGGCACGGCUUGAGUCCACCCAGAAGUACAACGAUGGGCAGUGGCAUUCUGUUGAUGCGAGCAGACGUGACCAGAAUGGAUUGUUGAAGGUCGACGAUGUCAAGGUUGCUGAAGGUCGAUCUGUUGGUGACUUGACGCAGUUGUCAAUUGAUGAUGAAAUAUUCAUUGGUGGUUAUCGUGGAACGUCAAUUUAUGAAUUUGAUGCGGUGACAAGUAUGGGCUUUGCUGGUUGCAUCAAGGACGUCCAGUUGAGUCGAGUUGCUCGCGAUCUCAAUGACAACAUCGGGGCGAAGAACAUCAUUCCUGGCUGCCCUGAACAGGUCGCUCGCAUUGUCUCCUUCUCAGCCAAACAGUCAGGAUUUGCUUCCAUGCCAGUCGUUAACAUCAAUCGUAACUUUGAUGCGACGAUGAAAAUCAAAUCUCUAGAAAAGGAAGCUUUGCUGCUUUAUGCUGCCAACGAUGAUCAGAGUAACUCAUUCAGCGUUUCACUUGUAAAUGGUCGAAUAGUAAUGGUGGCUGUGAUAGACGGACAGAGGAAGGUGAUUGAGUCAAAGGUCGCGACGUACAAUGAUGGGCGAUGGCAUUAUCUCACAGUUACCAAGGAUGGAUCAAACCUCCAGUUGGACAUUGAUGAUCAUGAAAUGGUGAAAGGAGUCCUUACAAAGAGACGAAUCAAGACGACGUCCAAAUUGUACUUUGGUGGCGUGCCGAGUAAUUAUGCUAUGGUUGACCUGAACAGUGCCACACUAGCUCGUCUCAUUGGUUGUAUUGGAGAUGUUACAAUUAAUGGAGACUUUGUGAACUUUGCCACUGCUCCACCUGGCGAUCGAAUUGGUGCAUCUCUCGCUGGCUGCCCGAUCAAGGAUCCUGCGGCUCCCACUGAACUACCCGGAACGAUUGAACCACCACUAGUACCAGUUCUACCAACAGGGACAGAAGUCCAAAGUGAUCAGUGUGUGUUGAACCCAGUAGCUUCGUCCUACAACGCCAGCGGUACUGCAAGCGGAACACGUUUUGGUUUCCAACCGGAGAGCAGGAAUGAAUAUGAUGGAAUUCCUGGAAACUUCCGUAUCAACUCAGAGUUCAGCUGUGAAUUCAAAACUACCGCUACCGAUGGGUUAUUAUUCUACGUGUCUGAUGAUCGCCACACAGACUAUAUCUAUCUUAUCAUGAGGGAUGGAGAUCUGGUGUAUGCAUUUAAUUCUGGUAGCGGGCCAGCCAUCAUUCCAUCAACAAAAACUUUCAAUGAUGGAAAGUGGCAUAGGGCUGUGUUCUGGCGCGAACAGAAGAAUGGGCGCCUGACCGUUGAUGAUCAAGCUGUGUAUAAUGGUGUAUCUAUUGGUAACACAAGGUCCAUUAAUAUUGCUGUGCCCUUCUAUAUCGGUGGUAUGCCUGACGAUACUGCUAAGGCAGCCACCGGGAACUUAGCGGAGAUCGCAAGGAUGGGCUUCGUUGGAUGCAUCAGAAACUUCAAAAUCAAUGGAAACCUUUUUGGACCGCCAACACGAACAUUCAGCACACAGCCAUGUUAUCCUAAUGUUGAAAUUGGUGCAUUCUUUGGAGCUGCUGGUGGAUACCUCAAUCUCCGGGAUACGUUCAAAGUAGGCCUUGAUUUAGACAUCCUGAUUGAGAUCCGUCCGAGGAGCCAGAACGGUGUCAUCCUAAGUGUGUCCUCACCACGUGGGGAUUACCUAGUACUGCAGUUGGUUGAAGGGGAGCUUCUGUUUAGUGUUGACAAUGGUGCGGGUAAGAUCUCGGCCAAAUACAAAGCGCUUGUCAAGCCUGGUUUGUGUGAUGGGAACUGGCACAAGAUUCAAGCUGUGAAAGCCAAGAAUGUUGUGACUUUGAACGUUGAUGGUGUCUACAUGACACCAGGAAUUGGUGCGGCCGGUGUAUCAGCAACUGACACUAACGAUCCACUCUACAUUGGUGGUGUGCCAGACCCAGUCACUGCCAAGGGCGUCAGUACCGCUAAAAGUUAUGUUGGCUGUAUUCGAAACCUUCAGUUUGACCUGGUACGCCAGAACAUGGCUGCUGGUGACAAGAUUGGUGACGUCAAUAUCGACCACUGCCCCAUCGCCUAAAGGAUUAAGGAAUACAGUCAACGGAGAAGGCAUUUCAAUUUGUCGAUCAUCCAGUUAAAUUUUUCAGUGUGAAAUUCAAUAUACAAUUGUCACUCUGCAGAACAAAUGAUUCAGAUUUCACUUCUCUGAGUAAGAAUUUGAGAUCACUUUUGACGUUUAAGAAACUAUUUUUUCGAUACUCAAUAGCUUUAUCAAGAGAAUGACUUGCCUUCUUUGUCAGACUGUACAUGGACUCGAAAGCCUUGAAACCAGGAGAAACCUCUGUGAACUUCAAUCUUCAAUUCUUUCUACAAUCUCUCAUCAAAUUUACUAAUAACUUUGCAAAGGGUGAACAAAUAUCAUGCCAUUUCAGUCUUCAUAUUCUCAUGAUUUAUUGACCUGAACCUCUCCAGGAGUUAAUGUAAGUGAAUAAAAUAAACUGGGGAAUUAGGAUAUACAAUUCUCAAAGAUAUCCUAUGGAUUGCAUUAGAGCUUUAGAGUUGCAAAUUAUAGACUAUCACCUCCAACUAAGCCAACAAGUUGCAAGUUCUUUAAGUUUUAUUGCUUUCUGAAGAGAUCGAAUGCUGCAUAUACUUUCAAAAUGAACUGAUGCUCGAUGUUAUUCCCAUUCUGCAAAGAUUUGUUCUGUGAAUUUGAAGUUCACAGUUAUUUUUCCCCUCCGGACUCUGAAAACUGACAUCGUUUCGAACAAUUAAUAAUGUGGUAAAUUUGCUGAAAUUUGAACAAAUUUUACAAACUUUUAUUGAAAGGUAUUAAAAGUCUUUUUAUGCAGCUGUUAUGGUGCUUUAGUUUGUACAGAACGCUCUGCGCUGAAUAAGAUCAUUUGUGAAAACCAUGACGAAUAAAAUUAUUUAGAACAAUCUAUUUAUGAUCACUGACAGGGCAAAACUAGUCUAAAGCCGUAACUUUUUAACUAUUUUUUAACUGCUUUUUGUACCCAAAGAUUCAAUUUUAUGGAGAAAGGAUGUUUCAUGCUUCAUGGGGAUGUUUCGUAGACUCAGUCACAUUUAGCCCUCAUUAUACUCAUUUCUUGUUGUGCUUUGUGCACAUGACAAAACCAUCAGAAAUAUCUCGCACACUUGAAAUAAUGGUCACACAAACAGGUGAUAAGUGAACUUCAAAAAUAUCGGAAGAAUCUCAAUCAACAACCUUUCUGAGUAUGAGUGUUGGUAUAUUGAGGUUGAUGUAGAAUUUGAGUAAAUGAGAGCGCAAAUGUCUCGGGAGUCUUUUUAGUUUUAGUAGUGUAUUAGAUGUUGCAACAGGAAUUAUCCCAUAUCCAUGUAGAAGUAUUAUUUCCAAAUGAAAUUCCAGUUUUAUCAUACAUCAACAAUUGCAACAACAAAAAUUGAGUUACCGGUAAUAUUGUUAAAGAGAGAAGAGGUUCUUCGCUUCUUCUUUUUAUUGCAUACUUUAUGAAGAUGUUUGGAUGAUGAAAUCUGCAUUAUCACUGCCAGUGGUGCAUCAUUAUGAGAUUCCUGAGGGGUAAUCUUUAGUCUCAAGUAAUACCUAUCCCUACACAGUUCCCAGUUAUCUGAAAAAUGUUCAGGCAGUUAAACUUCAUGGAUAAUUCUUGUUGCACUAUGAGUUCCUUGGUCUUCCUUCUCAAGUAUUUUCUACCACCAGGUAAUGUCGAUUUGUGCUUGAUUAUUUACAUUGAUGAUUAUUAAACCAUUGUAAUAACACUGAAAAGAUCAUAAUUCAUACUGGUUCAUCCUCUGUUAAGUUUUACCACCAAAACUUCGGUAUGAAAACCCCAGUGCCGUUUCUAAAGUAGUUACGAAUUAACAUCAUUGAAAUGUGCCGAAAUUAAAAGAUGUCAUUGGUUGAAACUACUCUAUCCAUUCACAUUGGGAAUCAUUUUUCGGAAUUGUUUUGAAAAUUAGGAAGAUCAAGAAACCAUUUAAAAUAGACUGCUUGUAUUUCUGACUAUGAAUUUACUUUUGGCCAAUGUUAACAUUCUUGUACGACAUUGAAGUUUAUACGAACAUGUUUAAGAUGAGAGAUUGAAGCAUUAUGUCCAAGCAUCGGACUAACUUUCAAUCAGGUAUGUAAUAACAUUAUCAAUCUUGAAACUCUUGCCAUCUCAAGCAGAGUAUUUUGAAAAUAUUUCUCCACAUCAUACGAUUCAUUCAUAAGACAGAUUUUAAAACAUUGAACUGUACUCAUUUCAGUUAUGCAUCGUGGUCAGAAUCAUACAAUAAAAUACAGGCAA